AUGGAGUCUGGUCCUUCUAAUCCUGUCCAAUUGUACCAACAAAACACGCAUCAUUCACAGAUAGUAUGGGAUAGUUCGUCCACUACAGUGUUGAGUUGUCGGAGGAGGGAGGCGACUACACAGAGUACUAUCCCAUUUGAUCAUCGCAUCAUUUCAUACGUUCAGGAGGCGAGUUUUCUUGAGGUUGCACAGAUUGGUUUCAUCCAGCAUGAUUGGCACAUGAUUACUGCUCUAAUUGAGCGCUGGAGACCAGAGACCCACACAUUUCACCUGCCCUGUGGGGAAUGCACUAUUACGCUGCAGGAUGUCGCCGUACAAUUUGGGUUUAGAGUGGACGGGCAACCACUGACAGACUCACUACAGUAUGAUUGGAAGAACGUCUGUGAAGAGCUCUUAGGCGUUCUACUAGAGGAUCUGAAGGGAUCAAGAUUGAGUAUCCCUUGGUUGGCGUCCCAGUUUCCCGAAUUACCUUCUGAUGCCGACGACUACAGCAUACAUAGGAAAACCGAGAGGAAGAAGAAAAAAGAGAUUUUGAGAGAUUUUGGAAAAUUUAAGGUGCUUUCUAUUGAAAUUUCUCAUUGGAUGGCUUUGAGUUCUGAAAAUUCUUCUUUUUCUCGCCGAAAAAACAGGGGUAUCAGGGAGAGUUUGGUCGAUUCCGGGAGUUCUAGGGCAAUUCGGACGUCAAAACUUUGA